UUUAGCCAAAUUCUCGAGAAGCUUCGUUGCCGGUUCUUUCUAAGUCGGCGCUUCUCUGAUCACCAAACAAAUUUCACAAAAAAAAAAAAAAAGCCAAAAAAAAAAAAAAUUCAGAGCCCCACAAUCACAGUUCCGAUGGGUCGGAGUUCCCAACAACGAAACUGUAACAGUUUCCAACUUCCACCGCCUUUCGACUCUUAUAAGAUUUUUAUCGAACACCUUGUCGGCAAACACUUCCGUCACGUUUGUCUUAUAUACCCAGUUUCCGAUUCCCAUUUCCCAAACCAAACCAACCUAAACCCAAACCCAAACCCAAACCCCUCUGUGUUUUUCUAUGAAUCCCAAAGACGAAAACUCACCCGAGUUGGACAUGGCUGAAUUAGACCCUACUUUGUUCAUGGACGCAUUCCCGUAUUCGGAGUCUCCGAUGUUUGAGUUCGAAGCGGAGGAGAACAAACCAGUUGUUGUUCCUCAGCCUCUGGAAUGCUUACAGGGGAAUCCCAUUCCGCCGUUUCUGUCGAAGACUUUCGACCUCGUCGACGACCCGGCGAUCGACGCCAUAAUCUCGUGGGGGUCGACCGGAGGGAGCUUUGUCGUGUGGGACCCGGUGGAGUUCGCCAGGCUUGUCCUGCCCAGGAAUUUCAAGCACAACAAUUUCUCCAGUUUUGUUCGCCAGCUUAACACUUAUGUGGGUAUUUUCAGUUGUUACACAGCACUCAAAUGUAGUGGAUUCGCCGAUGUCGUAUAAUCUGUAUGUAAACUUUGUUGUUGUUUUUGUGUUCUUUUGUUGUGUUUUAUGUUUUUUGUUUUAAUUUUUCUGUUUUUUCUUUUUUUGUUCGUUUGUAAAUUGGGUUUGGUAAAGAUUGAUUAAAAGAUGUAACGGAGCUCAAUCCACUUGUAAUAACAAGACUCUCAAUUUGUUGUAAAUUUGAUUAUGUAAAUAGAUAUGUUU